AUGUCCUCCCCUUUGGAAAGAGUUCCGCGAGACCUUCUCCAAUACAUCGCUCGGCUCACUGUCUCGGCUUCACCCUUCGAGUCCCUCACAAAUCUCCUCCACUUAUUGUUGACGAAUUCGACCAUCUAUCACCAGCUGUCUGUCCAGCAUAGCCCACACCUCUAUGCUCGCGUCUUUCAACUCCGUUUCGACACCGUCGCGCCGCGUCGUCGGCUCCACGCGUCGCUGCUGACGGACUCGUCUCUUGCUGGUGAACUCAUUCUACGAUGUCGUCUCUUGAGACGCAUCCGACGGCGCGACCUGACAGGUCUAGACAUCGAACAAGACAUGUGGACCCUCUACUGGCUGAUAUUGGAAAACGAAACACUAAACGGGGCCCAUCUCAUGAGGGCUGGUUCUUCCGAAUAUCUCCUUGAACUCAUACGACAUCGGCUCCGCCAAGGCAGCACUGAGGAACAAUUCAUGGAUAUUUCUCAUGAAGCCUUAUCGCUCGCCCUUUGGUCGUAUUGUCUAUCCGUCUCGAGUCGAGAUAUCGCGGAUCUCACACCUGAAGUUGUGCAAGAAUUGUUGGCACUCAUACGUCCCGUGGCCAUGUCGACGCAUAAGGACUUUGCUCUAAACCCUUCUCCAAACCCGUUCCACCUCCCCAAAUCGAGAUCCCCCCCUGCACGAGAGCAGCAGCCCUGUUCCAUUUUUCCUUGCAAUCGUCCGGAUUGCAGCAAUGAUAUAUUUCACUAUUCCAGAAAAUGGCAUCUCCGUUGCCCAGAUGUUCUUAGUGCGGCGAUCAUCAUGACGUUCGCACUCAAAGAAAUAGUGCCUCUUCAAGUACCCCCACACCUGCCACUAGAUCGUGCCUCUGCCAUCGCUCAGAAUCGUGCCGGUCCCACUAUGGUCGACUAUCGAGCCUUGGCGACUUGCCGAACACCCCUUUUCAAUGAUCCCAUCGCGGAGCCCUCUCCUCAACCCAAUUCCAGUGCUAUGUGCCUUAAUCUGCCGCGAAGCACGCGACUAGAAGAGGACUUCAGCCGCAUGGCAUUGGUCUCUCCCAAUGCCCUCAUCUAUGGGGCUAGUUAUACCCCCGGAAUGCUGUCUGGCUUAUGGGAAGGGACGUUCAUGAUUUGUCCUAUUAGGUCGAUCGGGGCCAACACCUCGAAUUCUCCGUUCACCGAAGACUUUGUUGGCCGUAAACCUAUGUACUGUCAAAUGACUGAGUACAUGUGUUCCGGACAGCACGUACCAAUCCCCACCGAGUCCCAUGAACCGUUCAACUGGGAUUACCACCCCAACCGGCUUCUUCCAAUCAAGGGCGGGUUCCAAGUGUCUUCAAAGAUCUUCCAUUACGAGAAGCUGGACGCCACGACCACUCGGCUCCUCGCACGCCGUGAGAUGAACUAUGACGUUAAGGACAUUUUGGUGCUAGGCGAGACCCCGGACGUCCAGGAGGAAGCAUGGGGUGGAUACCGUUUCGCGGGAAAGGUCAGGCUCUCUGAUGGAUUCAUAACGCUCAAGCGUGUGUCCAAAGAUAUCCUUGACGAUCCACCCUGGCUUUUCGAGGGGUAUCUGCACUAUGGCGCCGCGUUCGUUGGGACAUGGCGGACACAUGAGCAGCAUGUUCGUAAUGCUUCGGCAUGGGCGGAUGGUUUUAUUCAUGAUGGCUGA